AUCCGGCCAAUUUUUUCCCGCAAGCACAUCAGGAAGCGGGGGGGCUGAUCACGACACUGUCGUUCCAGCUACAGCUAUGACACCCUACAGCAAUAAGGAAGCUGCAGGACAUCAAACAUAACCUGGAAAUACUGUCACAGGCAUCGAGGCGGGAUGGAAUGAGCACUGGUAAGUAUUACUUGGUGGGACUUACUGUAGUUAACGCUGAAAUAAUAGCAAAGCCCUGACGCUCAGAGAUUAGUUGACGAGCUAGAUGGCCUACCGCUUGCUCUUGUCACGGUUGGUGUCUACCUGGACCAGGCAUCGACGAGCUUUACCGACUAUCUGCAGCUGUGUAAGGCAUUGUGGCUUCGGCUGCAGCUGUCGUACGAAGACCGAGCGCUGUACUCUACAUGGAACAUCUCGCUGGAGCACGCCAAGUAGCAAAGCAAGCUGGCAACAAAGCUGCUGCAGCUGUGGGCAUGCUUGAACGACCAAGAGGUGUGGUUGGAGCUUCUUCAGGCCGGUCGAAGCGGCAUUCCUGUGUGGUUCUCAGAGUUGACAGAAGACCGACUGGACUUCAAUGAACCAGUGAGAGUGUUUUGCGGCCAUGUCGUGCUGCUUUGGCUGAUGGUCCCGACACGUCUGCUACUCAGUCAUCUGGAACUUCUUCUUCGGACGCGAAACUUUUAUGUACUACAGAGAGACCAUAGACGUAAAGUCGUUUCACAGAUUUGCCAUCAAUUGACCUUGUGGGUCGUCGUUAUCACUGUGAUGCCUAUCCAGUAUUUAGGUAGCAGACGUCAGGUGAUUGGUUUAUUUGAGCUUA